AUGAAGAAUGGCACGAAACGAUUUGGCGUUCAUCUGAAGAAUGCUGUUUGCCACAGCUGGGUCAAUGUUCUCCUUAUUGCCGUUCCUGCAGGUAUUGCAGCUGAGGCGGCGAACUUGAACCCAUCUGUCAUCUUCGCCAUCAACGCAGUCGCCAUCGUCCCACUUGCUGGACUUCUCAGUCAUGCUACCGAGAGCGUGGCAAGCAGACUUGGCGACACAUGGGGUGCACUGCUGAAUGUUUCCUUCGGAAACGCAGUGGAGCUCAUCAUUUUCAUCAUUGCACUGGUCAAAGAUGAGAUUCGCAUCGUCCAGGCCUCCCUUCUCGGCUCCAUUUUGGCCAAUUUGCUCCUCAUCCUAGGCAUGGCCUUCCUCCUGGGUGGUCUUCGCUUCCGAGAGCAAAUCUACAACAGCACUGUCACGCAAAUGAGCGCCUGUCUGCUCAGUUUGAGUGUCAUGAGUCUUCUGCUUCCCACUGCAUUCCACGCUUCCUUCAACGAUGAGAGUUUGAAGCAAGCAGACCACCAGGUUCUCAAAGUCAGCCGAGGCACCAGUGUUGUGCUGCUCGUUGUCUACAUUCUGUACCUUCUCUUCCAGCUCAAAUCUCACGCCUACAUGUACGAAAGUACACCACAGGAAAUCAUCGAUGAGGAGAAUGCUACACGACAUGAUGAAUUCGACGAUGAAGAGGAUGGCUACCAAAUGUCGCGCACCGCUGCUGUCGUCCUCCUCCUCGGCUCCACUGCUCUAGUCGCUGUCUGCGCUGAAUUCAUGGUCGACGCCAUCCCGAUUAUGAUCGCCGACUCGCCAGUCUCAGAAGCCUUCAUUGGUCUGAUCAUCCUUCCCAUCGUUGGCAAUGCAGCAGAGCACGUCACAGCUGUGACAGUUGCUGCGAAGAACAAAAUGGAUCUUGCUAUCGGUGUUGCUGUCGGCUCUUCGAUUCAGAUUGCACUCUUCGUCACGCCCGUCGUUGUCCUCCUGGGCUGGAUCUUGAACACCAGCAUGAGUCUUUACUUCAACCUCUUUGAGACUAUCAGUCUCUUUGUCACGGUCUUUGUGGUAAACUUCCUGGUGCUCGAUGGCCGAAGCAACUACCUGGAAGGAAGCUUGUUGAUUGCAGCUUAUGUCAUCAUUGCAGUGGCUGCUUUCUUCUAUCCUUCUACUGCUGCCCAGAGCGCAGUCGUAGGUGGUGCUGGAGAGGCAUAGGAGUAUUAGGGGUGGAGAGGUGAUUGCACGCACCUAGAGGCUGAGGUGCUAUGUGGCCACGAACGGAACACAUCUUGGAAUUAUGAGAAUAAGAAUGGUGGAGUUUUCUGCUUUUCAAGAACUACAUAGCUUGCUGCAAAGCGCCAUGCGAACGAAGCAUAAAUGCAAACGAUUUCACAAU